ACUUGUAUGGAAUCUGUGAGUGUGUGUGCGUGAGCGAGCGAGUGAGCAAGCGUGGGACAGUGUGCCGUUCAUCUCAGUCUUUCAACACGUGUGUGAGAAAAUGCGCACACAGACUCAUUUUUAUAGGUCUCAGACUUGGAUGCCGUCUCAAGUGUUGAGUUUAACUGUUGAAUUCUUGUCUGGGAGGUGCCCUUUGCUGCGUGCCUGCUAAAAAACAAAUGGAGACAGUAUGGCUCUGUCACGCACACAGAACACACACUUGAGAGUCUCAUCUCCACCUUGCAAACGAUGGCAAAGAAUAAGUGAAAAGACUGAGAAAGAAGGUCAACUGGGAGGCCAUGUCAGAGUGUUUAUCUGCUACAGGAACAGGGUCCAGGGAGGAUGAUUAAAGCAGAUAGAGAUGACAGUGGGAGCAAAAGAGAGAGGGGGGCCUUACCGGUGAAGUGGGACAAGUAAGAGAGAGAGAGAGGGAGAGAGAGAGACAGGGGAAGUGGAGAAAGAGACAGCAAUGCACCCAUCCCUCAGUGGAUACUGACCACAAACAGCAGCAGACUAGAAAAUGCAGAGUAUGACCAUAGAGGACACCUCAACCACAGCACAGCCCAGUGAACCUAAAGCCUUUGCGUGGACUAAAUGUGGCAAAGUCGUGUUGGUCCUCCUGGGUUUAUUCCUCUUUGCCAUGGCGACUGGGUUGGGGCUAAACUCCCUGAAGAAUCAGAAGUCUCCUUCAGGUCUCAACAGUUCAGCCAACAGAAGAGCAGCUUCUCUUCCAUGCCGUUCUCCUGCCUGUCUGGAUGCCGCUACGUAUCUUUCAGUGGCUGUGGAUCCUUUCACUCAGCCAUGUGACUACUUCCUGUUUACCUGUGGGCCGUCGGGAGCCACAAGGGGCAGACAGAGAGGCAAGGGCACUGCUCACCUUAGCAACAGUGGGGAGGGUGAGAAGAAAAGAGACGAUAUAAGGAGAAAAACAGAGAAUGACACUCUGAUUGACAGACUGCCUGACAGAGAAACACUCUUGCUGCAGUCUAUUAAAGACAUACUGGAGAUGGCCGAAGGGUUGCGCUCUCCAAACUCUCUGGAGGAGAAGGCACGACAGUUCUUCCGUUCCUGCAUGGACAUAAACUCCAUAGAGAGCCAGGGCUCUGAGCCGUUUCUCAAGCUCAUUCAACAGUUGGGUGGCUGGUCAGCAUUAGGCUCGUGGAAUCGGUCUGAUUUUAACUCCACUCUGGCUCUGCUGAUGGGUCAGUAUGGGACAUUUCCGUUCUUCAGUGUGUACGUGGGCAGAGACCCCAACCAGCAGCACAACACCUCGUACAUACAGAUUGAUCAACCACACUUUCAAAUUCCUACUGAGUGGGACACUCAGAGUCAGACGUCUAAAGCCAAUGCUGUGAGCCUACGGCCGUUCCUCCUCUCCUCUCUGCAAUACCUCAAUUUGCUGGGGGUUCCCAAAGUGACCAGAGGGAUGCAUAAUGGUCUAUACAUAGCUCUGUCCUCUGAACUGGCCAGAGAGUCCUCUCCACUCCACCACCGUCUGCAGUCCAACAUGCUCUACCAGAGAGUCACCAUACGUGAACUGCAGAUUCUGGCGCCGGUGAUUGACUGGCUUGGUUGCUUAGAGGCUACUUUUCACCCCCUGCCUAUCAGCGAAUCAGAUUCUGUCCUUCUGCACAACCUGCCAUACAUCAUCCACAUGUCGGACACCAUCAGCAAAUGGCUGCUCAGGAAUGAGAUGAUGGGCAGGGUUCCUAUCCAGACGUACAUGAUUCUGAGCCUGCUGCACACGGUGCUUCCUGCCCUGGACUCAAGGUUCAGUGAGACACAAAGGAACCUCUCUGUUGCCCUCGGUAACAUGGAGGAGGAGGAGCCUCGCUGGAAACACUGUAUUAGAAGGACAGAAAGGGGCUUUGACCAGCUUCUCAGUCACAUGGUCCGAGACAGAACUGCACAUCAGGAGGCAGACGAACUGGUGGGGAAUCUGUACUCCUCUGUGCAGAGCAAAUUAGCAGAUCUGACGUGGCAAGACGAGGAGUCCCGUAACUCUGUGUUAAAAAGGGUGAAAUCUCUGAGACCACGAUUCCUGGCUCACACAGACAAAAAUAAACUUGCACAACUGUACUCAGAGGUGGUCAUCAGUGCAGACAGUUAUUUCUCAAACUACAUGCAAUCUCUUCUCCUUGAGCAGAAGAGAAGAAACCAACUCUUCUCACAACACCUUCAGUCUGACGUUUUGUCUGUCACUCCACUUCUCUCAGGAAGAGAUAUAAUCUUUCCCACCGGGAUGUUUUUCCCACCCCUUUUUCAUCCAACAUAUCCGAGGGCAUUGAAUUAUGGAGGACUAGGAUUCAUGAUGGCCAAAGACCUUCUCCACCUCCUCCUUCCAGAUAUCCACACGCAGAGUGGCAGCCCAGAAUCAGUAGGAGGGUGUGUAUGGUCUCAGUACAUCAGUGUAACAGAGGGCCCAGGUCGCAUGGGGGCUUUCUCUCUGUCUCCAUCACAGAAGCUGGAGGUGUGGGUGCAGUACACUGCCCUGCAGGUGGCGCUACAGGCCUAUCUGAACAGUUUACAACCGCAUCAGAGUGAUACUUCACUGUUGGAUUUCGUCAACACACAUCUCUUCCUUAUCUCUUUCACACAAGUCAGCUGUGAUCCUUACCCAUACCGUCAGCUGAUGACCUUUGAACCUUCUUUCCUGGUGUCUGUCAUAUGUGCCAACUCAGACCUCUGUCCAUCAAGGAUGACCUGUCAGAAAAAAUCACUGGUUUACCCCUUAGGCAGCUGCUGAUGCGUGUCUGACAGGGUUUUUUCUUUUUUUCUUUUUUUUUUGUCACUGUUUAUCACAGGAUUUAAGACUCGCCAUCUUAAACAGAAAUGUCUGGACAGCUCCUAAUUUUGUCAAUGAAAUAUGAAGAAGUGCUGAUAGCGAACAUGUCUCUGUCUGUCUCUGUUUGUUUGCUUAAGUAAGACAGAUGUCCUGACAGGAGAAGUCUGUGACGACCAUACACAAGGAAAGCAUUUUCAGCAAGGAUACAUUCAUCUAUUUCACCAUGUUCACAUCUGUCUGUCUGCAAC